UUAAUAUUUUUCACACCAGAUGGAACAUUGAUGCUGUAUCUCAUCAGGGUUAACUCGGUAAUUUUUCUGCCUGUUGUUGAAACUUGAAUGAGAUGUCUUUUAUCAGAACUCCUUUGACAGACUUCUUUGGCUGCCUUGGAGCAAGUCAGGGUAAUCUACGAUGCAGAGAUCUUGAGCUAAACAUGAUGAACUGUUUGGAGGCUUAUGGUCUUAGAAAUGGUUCUCAAAAUUGUAUAAAUGAGAUAGAUGAUUAUAAAGAAUGUCGGACUCUAAAUAAACAGCGGAAACGAGUUGAAGCAAUGCAGAAGGAGAGGCUGCGGCAGUAUAAGUCUGGAGAGAGAUCAAAGUCUAAUCUUUAUGCUGAACCUCCAAAACUGGACAGUUUCUAUGACUAUAUACCAGAACCAUGAACAAUCUAAAUUUGAUCGUAUUUGGUUAAUGAUAUAUUAAGUUGUGGUAUAUCCACUAAGCAUUUUUAUGUAGAAUAUUACAACUUAGGAAGAAAAUAGUUACUCAUUUACUUUGGUAAACUGUAAGGAAAUAUAGCUAAAGUUAAUAAAAGCAGUUUGGUUAUUCA